CCGCCCGUUUGUGCUCUCACCACCUCUCGCCUCUCGCCUCUCUCGCCUUCCCCGUUGUUUCUCACAACACCACGCGACCCGGCUGUCGUUCGCCCUUCGUUCAUCGAGCGCGGCCCUCGCACACACUCCCUUCCCAUUAAUACCCACACUCCUUAUGUUUAGUGCCUAGUCUGCGCCCCCCGUACACACCACGUACAUACGCCUACAUUCCGCGAGACCUGGACCGCCACAUUCCGCGAAGCCACCGGCCGCCCUGGAAUCUCGCCAACUGCGCUUGUAUAUAUCGACACACGUCGGCUACUGCGUAAUAAUAUCUUAAUCGUGCGCGCCUUCCCGAUUCGAUACCGACCUUUAUUUGCCAGCACGACAAUCCCUUUGUGAACGACCGUCGGCGACUAUUAUUGGAUUGAAAGGCCGCCUCUGCCAACAUGGUGCACCAGCAUGGAGCGAGGCACCUCGAGCGCCGCCAGCGCCAUCACUGGUUUCAAGAGCAAGAGGCCGACCCGGUCGAGGAAACUGUAUUCGUGACUAUGCCAAACACCUUCGCGGCCUCGCAAAGCGUAGUCCUAAUAACCAUGACCGACGGUUCCGAUACCCCCAAGAGCGCCGUCGGAGGCGCUGUACAGCAGACGAAGACUCUCGUGCCACCUGCGGUUCGCACUCGUGAAAGUUCAUCAGACGAGGACACUGCGAAAGCGACACCCACAGCAUCGGCCAGGCAAAGCAGCCGCACCGCAGAAGUGACUUCUCACGCCAGCAGCCAUGUCGGUCUCCAGUCCACGUUGCAGAUUGACACCUCUUCUUCGCCCCAGGCCACUGUAUCCUCCCUUGUUGCAGCUGGCGUCACGGCGGCCGCUUCAGCCAGUUCGUCCGCAGAAGCCGCCUCAAGCGGCAUGUCUGGGGGUGCUAAGGCAGGUCUUGCCUUAGGAAUUCUCGUCGGUAUCGGGGCUCUUCUCGGUGCUAUCCUCUUUGUCGCUCAUCGCAAGAAGAGGGAACGAGCUGCUACCGCCCAGCAGGCAGCAGACAACGAAAAGGCCACCUCGAUGCGCAACAUGCCUCCACCCCCCAUUGCGAAGGAGCCCACUCCUAGCGUCAGGACACAGGCGAAUGCGCCUCGCCUCAGCCUCCGCCCUGUUACUCAGUUCGACCCGGCAUUCCCAAAUCGCAAGAGCGGUGCCAAUCUGCUUGGUGCUGCCGCUGGAGCUGGAGCUGGCGCCGCCGCCGGUACCCGAUCACCUUCACCGUCCAGUCCAGGCAGCCCGUGGGAGAGACCCGGAGCGUCCAACGCCAGCAAUCCUUUCAGCGACCCAGCACCCUCGAACAGCCCUCCGCAAGAUCCCUUCGGCAACAACGCGGCAAUCGAGACUCCUCAAGCUUCUGCUCCUGGCACACCUGUAAACUUCAACGCGGAGUUCGGCAAUCCUGCUCCGGCCAUUGCCGCCGCGGAGAGAGCACCAGCUGUCGCUGCUCUACCCGUACCUCCCACUGUUAAUGCUGAUAAUGUUCCCCCGAGCCCCGCCUGGACUGACGACAUUCCCGCUUCUCCUGGACCUGCGCCCUCUGGCCCCCUGCCCGUCGCUGUUGCUGGUGGUGCACCUCCUCCCGGUCCCAACAAUGUCCAUCGUAUCCAGCUCGACUUCAAGCCCUCCAUGGCCGAUGAGCUCGAACUCCGUGCAGGCCAGUUGGUACGCAUGCUUCACGAGUAUGAUGAUGGCUGGGCUCUAUGUGUCCGCCUCGACCGCUCUCAGCAAGGUGUCGUCCCUCGCACAUGUCUUUCCAAGCACCCCGUCAAGCCCCGUCAAGGACCUCCUCGCAACGGCCCUCAAGGACCCCCUCGCAUGCAGGGACCACCGCGCAACGGUCCUAACGGACCUCCCAUGGGCCAUGCAGGUGUUCCUCAGCCGCGUCCUCUUUCGCCUGCUAACAAUGGACGUUCGUCUCCCCACCCUCCGGCCCUUUCUCCUGCCAGCGGCCGCAUGUCUCCAGCUCCUCGCUCGAUGAGCCCUGGACCCCGCCAAAUGUCCCCUCCUCAAGGGCGUGCCCGGUCAAACAGCAACGCGCCCUACGCCAACCAGCCCCGUUCCAUGUCACCUGGACCAUAUGGCGGAGGACCUCAGAUGGCUCCUCCACCACAGAUGGGCCGACCGCGCUCCAACUCGGCUAGCCAGAUUGCCCGGCGUGGCUCGCCGCCAGGCCCUAGUCCCAUGAAUCCCAACGUCAACCCCAACGCUCCGACGCAGAUGCCGGCCCGGAAGCCCAUCCCCGGUCAAGCAUUGUAACGUCUUUCAUGAGCAACGGCACGGUCAUGGCAUUGUUGUCCCCUUUGUUUCCUUUCCAAUCCCAUACUGUCGGCGAACGGCGGAACUGGUCUGUUUCUAGUUUUACACCCAUAACUUCUAUUCGUGCGGAUCAGGCCUCGACACGGCACCAGCGGCUUCGCUGCAGGGAGGCGUCCGCUGCUUUGUGCAACUGUUUAUACCCAAUCUGAACCUUGUUUGAUUCGUUGAGCGAUGUGUACCUUCUCGGAGGGCGCAGGAUGG